GCCUGCCCUCAGUUGGGGGCCAAACGUGUUUGGGUCACGUGACCCAGCGCCGCCUUGUCCUGAUUGGUGGAGGUAGCGGACGACGUCGGACUACGCGGCGGCCCGGUGCUGGUGUCUCCCGUGGUCUCGGGUCAGGUGCGGUAGGGAGCGUUAGCCCCGGUAGCUGAGGACGCCGUGGUGGCGGCGGCGCCUCAGACUCAUGAGGAGCCGGAAGCUUGCAGACGGGGUGCGCUCUUCAGCACGCCUAAGGAGCAAAAACUACCCAGCCACCAGAGCUGCUUCGGCUCAAGAAGUUGAUGUCUCCAAAACUACAAAAACAGUGUGUUUGGCUUCAUCUCACAAAGCAACUGAGAGGCGUGCUUCCAAGACACUCAAGUAUGAAAAAGAUGGUUUCACCAAGUCAGAAUUACAAGAACUAAAAGCCAAAAAAGAAAAAACUUCUUUGCCAAAAACUGCAUCUGAGAUCUCGAGUGAGAAUGAGCCUUUGGUGUAUGCUGAACACAAAGCAUUGCUGAUGAGUAAUGAAGCAAAUACUUCCAAGAUUUAUGAACAGCAAACAGAAAGGAAUGAAAACGGCCUUUCUCAUCAUGGCCACUCCAGAGAUGUGGAGAACAGCUGCUUAGCAAAGACUGACAAUGACUUGGCUCUGCCCAAAUGUAAAGAAAACCUGGUGGAAGAAGAUGUCUUUAAUCACAGUACUGCUCUGCUUGGUGAGGCUGGGCCAGAGGCAGCUGAUCUCCAGAAGACACCUGCACACAUAGACAGUAGCAUCUUUAUAGAUGAAGACAGCAAUCAACCAAUGCCCGUGAAUCGAUUCUUUGGAAAUGUCGAACUCAUGCAAGACCUUCCUCCAGUCUCUCCACCUUGUCCCUCCAUGAGUAGACGGGAAUUCAGAAAAAUGCACUUCAGAGCCAAAGAUGAUGAUGAUGAUGAUGCAGAAAUGUAGAUAUUUAAUAAAACAUUAUAAAAUUCUA